AUGGCCUCGCGCAACGGCAGAGGCGGAGGCGCAACGCCAGGUGGGCGAGCUGCACGUCAGCCUACGCCCACAUCCCCUUCACCGUCACCGGAGCCGUCGAGCGAAUCGACGAGGAUAGAUGCCAACAAUCUCCUCGGUGGACACAAUGCCCUCAACGCCAAUAACAACCCAGCCUCCAGCUCAUCCUCAGGCGGUCUUCUGCCCUCUGCGCUGGGACCUGGAAACAACUCGGGGCGCUCCACCUAUUCUGGCGUCCCAGGACAGACCCCUUUCCACCACGCCCUGCCCCUGGAAGAAGAUCCAAAUGAGCCGUACAGGCAACGAGCAGAGGAUUGCACUCGCAACGUCAUCGACAGCCUUUACCAGCUGGCAGUGGGGAGGGAGGACAUCAUCGGGAUGAAAGUCAACGAAGUCAUCACGCACCUCUCCUCCCUCUCAUCCUCAGCCUCCAAUCGCAACGCCGAUGGAUCCGAUACCUUGCCUCUCAUACCAGAAGAACUUCUAGAACAGAUAGACGAAGGACGCAACCCUGACGCUUGGUCCAAGAACCGGAUGGCCCGUCUCGUCUCUGACAAUCAGCAGUUGGCAGGCCAGCGCUGGGCCAUUGAGCGCUACAGGGAACAGCUGGCUGGGAGGGUGGGCAAGCUGUUCCCCGAGCUGGAGGAGGUUGUUGGAGUGAAGGCACAGAGGGAACAUGAGGCGCAGAGGACGCGACCUGACGGCCAGGUGGAGGGGUUGAAGAUGGAAGAGCAAGACAGCGGUGCCGUAGGAGGGGACCGUGGCCAAGCCGCUGUUGGGGCAAGCCAUGAUGUUGAGAUGGGCCCUCCUUCUGGGCCGUCUUCCUCAUAG